UGGUUCACUGCUCCAUAGAUAAGAGAAGAGACAAAACUACUAGCAUUGCCUGUAGUUGCUUAACCAAUACUGUACUUGGGAAAUACUGAUAAAAAGCUUCUAAUCACUAAUGUUACAGUCGAAAAUUAUUGGAUUACAACCAUCGUAUUUUCACAGAAAUUGUGUGUGCCAAAAAUUAUAAGAAACGGACAAGCUUCGGCUGAAGGGGACCGGUUGAUUCUUUACAUAAAAUUUCAAUGUGUUCUGGAAAUGGUUUGCAAAGAGGACGUGGUAUCAUGGUUUAAAGAAUUGGAAAGCUAUAAACGCAUAGAUGCAAUGUGUACGUUACUAAACAUGUGCUUGCCAUUCGAAUUGCGCUUUAUUGGCACCUACCUGGAGGAGCUCGGUAAGCGGGACUUCCAGGAGUUGCGUGGUGCCGAACUGAGAGCCAACAACCCAACAGACCUUGCCGCCGACAUCGGGGGCGCCAACACAGACUCCAGAACCCGACGGAAAAUGGCCUUGUAUGUGUCUUUGUUGCGCUCAUGUAAUUUUGCCUGUGCUACCACAUUGUACAAUGCCAUGGUUAGCUUGGAGCAAAGUGGUCUAUUGAAAGAUCUCUAUGGAGAGCUAUUGGAGGAGAUUUUACUUCUGUAUACUAUGGCAUUACAUCAUCCAGCAUUCACAUUUGACCAGAAAUCACAUUUUGGUGAGAUAUUAGAUAAAUUGAAACUAGAAGACCAGAGGAUAAAUUUUCCAGAGCAGCAAGAGCAUAUAAAUUUAGUGCCUGUGAGUGUAUGCCAUACACAGCCUAGUGUCACAGCCAACAUGUCUGUCCCACCGCCUAACUUGUCUAGCUUGGGCCCGCCUCCUGGCUUAGUGUUUGUAAAAACACCUGGGGUGCAGGUCAGUGUCAAUAUUCCGCCCAGUUCAGACGCAGUGCCUCAAGAGCUCAGUUCUCCACCAGUAUUGACCGGGGCUGGGGGUGUAGUGCCUAUGCUCGGGGAAGUCCCUCAUGCACCCCCCGGCUUACCGAUGCCACAGUACAACAUGGGAGAAUACAUAGGACAACACGGGUGGCCUGCAAAUAUUAUAGUCUCACCAAUCAAUCAGCCUUUAGAGGUAAUAAACUACCCUCCGCCGCCGGGUCCGGGCGGGCCGACGUCGCCUCUGGUCUCAUCUCCGGGUGACAGCCGCGCCGCCUCUCCGCGCUCCCGGCGCCGUCUGUCGCGGGAUCGCUCGCCGCCGCUGCCGCCCGGGCCGCCGGAGCCGCUGCCGCAUCUUGCCGCCAACUUUGAGAACAUGACUGUAGCCGAGAUGCGACAUAACAUCGGCGACGAGAGGUUACGCGAGAUCACAGCCGCCCACCACUACCGUUCGCUGGAGAAGCUGAACGGGGUGCGGCGGCGGGCCGGCGGGCCGGCGUACGGCCUGCCGCGCUCCUCCUCCGACUCGGGCUCCUCCGCCGCCUCCUCCCCGCCCGGCACCCCCGCCCCGCCGCGCCGCGCCGCGCCCGCGCAGCCGCUCGCCUUCCUGCAGUACCCGCGGCCCUACGCCUACCCCACCCCGCCGCCCGCCUACCGCCCGCCGCCGCCGCCCUUCGCCAACGGCGAGGCGCCGCCCUACGCCGCCGGGCCCGCGCCCUACGGCGGCUUCGUGCCCGUGCUCUACGCGCCCGCCAAGCUCUCCUGCUACAACUGCGGCGCCGCCGGCCACGCGGGCCACGAGUGCAAGGAGCCCAGCAUGGAGGAGAUGACGCGCGCCGGCGGCUACCAGCUCGACUUCGGCGGCGCCCCGCCCGACACCGCCGACAAGUAAGCGCCGCGGCUCGGCCGAUGUACCAAAGUGUCGGGUCUGUUGUGCGUAGCGACCCCCUCGGAAUCGAAACUCGCGCUCGGACGAUCGUAGGUCGAAGCGUUCGGUCGACCUAUGAUAAAGUUUCAACGUGCGCUUAUUGGACUAACCGAUGGACACUGGUGAUUUUAUGUUUAAGAAUAAUUGCAUUUUCGAUUUGUCUUUACGGCUGAUUGACCUUUUUACUGACGUUUUAGCCAUCCAGUGUCGUGGGUAGGAAAAAUUGAAGAGUAAAUUUUAUCGAUUCGACAGGCAAUAUUCAAAAUAUUUUCUGAUACUGUUCCUCCCUAGAUCUGAAACUCAUAAUAUUAUAGAAGAAAUUGUUAUGAUAAUACUAUACUUGAAUACAUAUUAUGUCAUUAAAGUUAUACAUAUUCUGCAUAAUAACAUACUAACUAAUCGUCGUACAAAAAUAUAAACUAUCAUAAGUCUAGUGGUUCCAGUUGCCUAGUUUGAUUAUUUAUUUAUUAACGUAAUGUUAUAAGCAUAAAUUAGUUAUAGUCAAUCAAAGUGAGACAAGUGAAUUACAGCAAUAAUUUUACUCAGAACUAGAGCAUAAAUCGGAACUGCAAUUAUCUUGCGAACAUACUAUGGCUGCUAGCUGUUAGAAUUUGGAGGGAAUUCCAUCUAAAUUGACUUAUUAUGCUGACAAUAACAGCAGCAGGUUGUUAGAAUUGUACAAAUGUUCAAAUGAGCUUCGACGCGUAACACAGUACAUAGAUUAAAUAUGCUUAUUUGCUGUUUUGUUUAAAUAUCCUUUAUUCUUGCCUUUUUAUCUGAUAAGCAAUGAAAAUGUUGAAAGAGAACAGUUGUUAAGUAAAAUCUAGAAAAUCGCGGACUCAUUCAGACGUAAGUCAUACAUUGUAACAAUUAGUGUGCCAUAUGCGUUAAAAGUUAGAUUACGGCAUUAUUUGAUCAGCGCUUUACCAAGUGAUUGACAAAUAAUGGUACUUUAAUGAUAUUGUAAUGGAUUUUGGUAUAAAAUGUAAAAAAAAAGUUUUUCAAAUUAACACUAUAAUACAGUGUGGGUUAGAUAUCUCGUAUUGACUAAGUUUGAUUGAAAUGUAACAUGAUCAAACAUUUAGUACAUUUUGAUUAGUACAAGAGACAUAUUUAAAGGUUUUCAAAUAGUGUGAUAAGUUUAGAUAUUGUUUAACUUAAUUAUAAAACUUGUGUUCAGUUAUCGCUACAGUAGGGACAUGAGUGUUAUUUGAUCAUGUAGCUUUCUAUUGUGAAGGCGUAUUUAAAGCUCUGCGUUUAAAUAUCUGCUGCUGUUGGGAAGGAAAAAGUAAAAAAAAAAUCUUACACUUACUUUAUAAAUAAUUUUGAGACAUUUAUUGGGGUACUCUAACUGAAGAGAGGAAUGGAAUUCCCUAAAAUUCUGUGUUCUCCUAUAAAAAUAAUCCACACAACUGUAUUUUAAGACAAUCUAAGAGAUCAUACCAAACUUGUACUAUAGCCAUGUGACUAACUUUAAUGAACAGUUCAAUUUGAAAAUGAGACGAACUUUGUAUAAAAGUAAUACUGAUUGUUUCCUUUGACCCAAGACUGAUUUCUAACGUUAGUUAAUGAUUGGGCUUCUAAAAUUUGUAAUUAUAUCGUUUGAAAGUGACUAAUGACUAGGAAGCCCCAUACAAUCUUGAAUCACGGGACUGUCUACCCAAAAAAUACGUCAAUAUUGUCAUUCGAGAGAUCGCAUCGCACGCGGCGUGAUCCGUUUAUGAUGUUGAACAAGGGAUUAUUUUGAUCAAGCUCACAUGCAAUGCUCUUUAAAAUUAAUGUUAAAAUAGUCAUUGUAAAUAACAACAUCUUUGUAAGUUUGAACACGUCACAUUUGACGUGUUCAUAUUUGUAAAUAAUUCAGUUUAUAUUAUGAUUAGUUAAUAUUUAGAGAUUGAGUAUAUUUGUAAAUUUACUUUGUAACGAUUCGAGUGUCCCUAUAGAGUAUAUUCAAUUGUUUCUCUAUGAUCACUGUCACAAAUCACAAUUUUGCAUUUUUUAAAGUCCCCGUUUUGAGAAAGUUCAAAUUAGAAGGGUUGUAUAAUUGUUUUUGCAUAAUUAUAAUAAAAAAUAUGUUUUUGAUUCGGGUCAGAUGCGUCACGCGCAUGGGUGGGAGUAGUUCGCGGCCGAUCAUUCGCUUGUCGCGCUGUCUCUUUCAGUUCCGGCCCGCCCCUCGCACGGUGGGGCGUGGCUUCUCUUUUGUAUGCAUUUAAGUGUGUCUACACACGCACCCUUUUGAUUCUGUAUUUAUUGUAUUUACAUAUCAAUCUAAAAACACAUCAUCUCAUUUUUAAAAGUUUCUACUUACUCCUACUAAUAGCUACGAUUUGGGUUGCCAAAUCUAGAGUAUCAAAUAUUCAUGUUACUAUAAUAAAUUCUGUCAUAAGUUCAAAAUGUUUUUAACAGAGAAAUCACCCCCUCACCGUGAAUCUAUACUAAAUCCAUAACUAUAAUAGCAUAUAGAGUCUGUUAGUGUAAUCAAGGGACUACUAUAAUUUUACACAUGAAAUGUCACUCCUUAUGAAGGUUGUAAGUCCACGUAACGUAAUUAUUGUGUUAUUUAUAUCUUAACAAUUCUAUUAUGAUAUUUAAAACGAGUUGAAUUUAGAUUAAACCUAGAGGGAAUAACUUAAUAGUUGUAUGUGUAAGUGCGCCUACGUAGCCCGCGGUGGUCCGGCAGUCGCCGCAGCGAUCGCCGAAGCGAACGCGACGGAUCAUCCACGUAAAAUUAAUCGUUGCAAACUUUCAUGCAGCUUUAUUUUUACUAGUGGAAGUAUGAAAAUAUUUUUUUACUUUGUACAGAAUGUUAUAAAUGUGAUAAAAUAAUUUUUGACAUAAUUAGAAAUUGUGAUUUAGUAAGGUGUGUAGUUAUUAUAAAAUUAUAUAAAAAAAGAGAACUCGCUUUACUAAAUAAAUAAAUUGUACUAUCCUACAGCUAUUGUAUAACGUUGUUUUCCCACAUUUUUAUAUUUGGGUACUUAAUGUAUUCUAAGCUGUUGUACUACUAAUAAAUUUGAAGAUCAACGAGCUCAGGAAAAAGAAUGUUUCGGCCCAGUAUUGUAAGACCUUUGUAUCCCACCAAUGCUGUGAAUCAUUUGCUUCCUGACAAAUAAACAACCAAAAUCUGAUGUCUUUUUU